AUGAAGUUUGCAUUAUCAUUAAUCAUUUUAUCUGCCAUCUGCUGCAGCGUAGCUUUUGCUGCUUCACUCAAUAUUCCAAUCAUCGGUUGGUCUAAUGAAAAAAUAUUCUUACAAAAUGAAGUCAUAAAUACAUUCGAAGCUAGUCAAUUCGAGUCAAUGUUAAACUCUAUGAUCAAGGGUCAAUCAACACCACUCAUCAAAAAGCAUAUGCCAGAAUUGAUUACCAUCUUUGUUGAAGAUACUUUACGUACUGAUGAAUUAUCAACCAUUUUAGGAUCAUACAAGCAAAACUCUGAUGGAGGAGAUUUGUCAGCCAUCAAGAGCAACAUGGAAAGUGCUGGUUCAUCAGUCUUUAUCCCAUACGCCACCACCUCUGGUAACUUUGUUUCAUCGAUCCUCAACUCUUUGGCAUCUGAUUUCCAAGGUCAAAUCUAUGUUGCCUCUGAAUCUGCAUCAUCUUUCAAGAUUGCCGGUGCCUCACACAUUGAAUUAACCAACAUCAAAAAGUCAUUACCAUCCUCUAUUUUCUCGAAUCAAGUCGCCGACAUUUUAGUCGUUGUUUUACCAAAGACUGAAUCAUAUGCUCAACACAACGAACAUAUCAAACAAGUAUCAAAGAUUGUUGAAUCAAAGGACACUGUAACCUUCUUUACCGCUGAAAACAUCACUCCAUUGUCUUUUAACCUCGACCAAGAAAACGAAGUUGUCUCUUCAUUUGGCUCAAGAGCCUUUGACCCAGUUGUCAAUGCCAACUCGUCCUCGGGCAGCAACUCCUCCGCCUCAUCCUCUUCAUCAUCCUCUGGUGGCAAGACUGGUGGUGGUGACGACUACUUUAACUACUUUACCGGUCCAGUCCUCGAAACCUACCUCGUUGUCAUGAUUUUACUUGCUAUUUUAUUCACCGGUAUUUGUUGCAUUGGCGAUCUCCAAGUCCCAGAUCGUUAUGAAGCUCCAAAGCAAAAGAUUCUCUAA